UCAGCGUUUCGAAACAUGGAAGGAGGAGAGAGUAGCGGUGCAAAAGCCCCAUGUGUUCGCAAAGCACUUGAUGAUCAUAGAGCUGAGAAACUGGCUCGGGAGACAUUGGAAGGCAAUUGGAAGACGGUUACGGAGAUGUACGAAAAAUUUCCGGGGGCUCACACGCAAAGGAUCAGCGACGAUGACGGCAACACGGCCUUGCACGUGGCCGUCGACUUGGACAAUGAAGAAGUAGUGAUGAAGCUGGUGAAAGAAAUAAUCAAGUAUGAAGAAGGAAUAGAAGUAGAGAAGAAAGCCCUAGAAUUGAAGAAUAAAAAUGGGGACACAGCUCUGCACAUUGCAGCAUCAAGGGGUUUUACAAACAUAUGCAGGUGCGUCAUUGGGGAGAGUGAGAAGAGGAAGCAUUUGUUGAGAUUGGAGAACAAGAAAGGGGAGACGCCUUUCUUUCUAGCUGCACUCAACUGGCACAAACACUGCUUUGCUUACCUCUCUUUUGUGCUCGGAAAACUCAUCAAGGAAAACGAUGUUGAUAUUUUUAUCCUCAUGACUCGCGGCUCCCAAACAGACAAAAAAGAACGAAAAGGAGAGAGCAUUCUUCACUGUGCCAUCAACAGAGAAUGUUUCGAUUUGGCUUUCAUAUUAGCCCAUGAGUAUGCUUUCCUUACUAGGUAUGCCCAUAAUGGAAGCACUCCACUCCAUCUUCUUGCCAAAAGACCCUCAGCCUUCCAAAGUACAACCAAACUUUCACACUGCAAGCAACUGCUCUAUCACGUUAUACCUGUAGAUGCUAAGAAGGAAAAGGAAAAAUGCAACGACGAGAUUAAAUGGCCUCCAUUAUCUAACAACUCAAAGAAAAAAGAGGGAAACGAGUCACAAAGGGAUGAACAUGACGAAGAAAACGCAUCCAAGUACUUAGAAAAACUUGGAAUUGAUCAAUUUUUUCCACCAAAUUAUAAUACCAUCCUAGAAUUCAUCAAAUCGGUAUACGUGCAUUCUUUCCUUAUCCGUUUGGUACACGGGUUCAAGGAGGUAAGAGGAACAAAGCAGAAGCACGUAUGGUGUGAUAUACUCCUGACUGAACUCAUGGGGGAAAACGCUUACGACGCAUUCACCGGCAAGGGGGGAGAUCAACCUCAUCGCUCUAUCUCUUAUAAGGAUGAUGCAAAUUGGGGAUUUGACCUUACUGAAGAUCUGUACAAUGAUGACGAUUUAGAGUCGGCUAUUCGCCGAUUAAAAGAGGCUGCUUCAAGUUCGAACAAACAGGAAAAAAAUACAUUUUUAAGUCCAAGUGGUACAACAAGAGCUCCAACUGAUCAAAAGGAUGACUCAAAGGAGGGAAUAACUAAAUCUGGCGACUUGAUUUUAAAAUGUUGUGAUUGCGUUGUGUCUAAUGUGAAGAAUGUAGAAGAUUGUGAAAGAAUUAUGAAGCCAAUGCUGCCACAAUUAUUGAUGAAAUGUGGCUGCGGUAGAACCGAUUGUAAAAGAAAUAUUGCAGCCGCAAUUGCAGUUGCAGAUCACACUACAGAAGAUACAAGUGAUGACAAUGACAGCGAAAAGGAGACACCAUAUUUGUUAGCAGCGAAGAACGGUAUCAUUGAAUUGGUGACCAAAAUUAGAGAAAAGAUACCGAGUGCUAUCCAUAGCACCAAUGCAAAGAAUCAAAAUGUGUUGCUUGUGGCGGUGAAAAAUAGGCAACCCGAAGUUGUUCUGAAACUAAAAAAGACAACAAAAAUACAAGUUUGGAAUAACUUAGUUAUUGGAGUGGAUGAUGAUGAAAACACGUUGUUGCACUUGGCAGCUGAGGGUUUAAAAGGAGACAAGUCUUGGCAAAUAGCUGGCUCUGCUUUACAAAUGAUGUGGGAUAUCAAGUGGUAUGAGUAUAUAAAGACAAUUGUGCCAACGCAUUGCCACUUCAGAAGCAACAAGGAUUCAAAAACGGCAGCUCAAAUCUUCAAUAAAUCACACGAGGUGCUCAUCCAAGAGGCUAGUCAGUGGCUGAAGGAUACAUCGGAAUCUUGCUCUGUGGUGGCAGCUCUGGUGGCCGGUGUUUCCUUUGCCACAGCUAGUAAUGUCCCCGGAGGCUAUGACAACGGCCAGGCACCACUAGAGGGACAACCGGCGUUCGAGGUAUUCGCCAUGGCUUCUCUGGUUGGACUGUGUUUCUCCGUCACUGGACUCAUAAUGUUCCUUUCCAUCCUGACCUCAAGAAAGGUGGCGAAGGAUUUUCGAAGGAGUUUGCCACUGAAACUGCUUGCAGGGCUGAGUUCUCUGUUUGUUUCCAUCAUAACCAUGUUUGUGUCGUUCUGCUCUGGCCAUUUCUUUCUUGUUAACCAUAAAUACAAGUCAAUCCUGUUCCCUUUAUACGCUGCCACUUCCAUACCCGUCGCUUUCUAUGCCUUCGCUCAGUUUCCACUCUACCUUGAUCUUCUCACAGCUAUUCUCACUACAAUUCCAACUACAAGUGAUGUAGGUGAAAUUCUGUGAUUUAUUUACCGAGAUAUAUAACAACUCAUUUUAUAGAGAAUCAAAUAAUUCCGUGUGGUAGCACAUGCUCGCACGUGCAUGUCAAUUUGUCAUGUUGGUAUGGUGUUGCUUAGCUUGUGCUAAUAAAUUAUUUUUCGUUUUAGAUA